CCGUAUUUCAGUAAAGGAUUUGAAUAACAUUUAUCACAAUCGACUCUAGCAAAAUGCAAUCAACCGGAGCCGAGCCCAAACGCACUCAGCGCUAUGUGGAUGAAGCUUAUCGCUUAGUUUUGGAGAAACCUGGCGUUGAAGAGGUGCUCAUUAUGAAUCGUUCAGGUGUGCCUGUGAAGACGACAAUGGGACGCCAGGAUGCACUGCAGAAUGCCUGUCUCUAUGACAACUUACGGGAGAAGUGUCAGGCGUUUCUACAGAAAAUGGAGCCGCCACAAAAUCUGGUCAUGUUGCGCGUGCGCACCAAACAACACGAGGUCAUUAUAACUCCCGAUGCCAAAAUAACUAUACUAGUUGUACAAAAUGCACGAGACACAUAUCUUGGCAGUCUGUAUGACAAGUGAUAACUGAAGUUGAUCAUGUUACAUACAAACAUUCAAUAUUGCUGGAGAAAACAUAUUCGUCUCAAAUUACAGGUCCUCAGCGAGAGACUCAAGUGUUUCCUUAUCGAAAGAAGAUUGUGAAUUGAAAGCAGAAACAGACAGCUCACUAAUACUAAUUCAAAUACCAACACACUCACACAUAAAUAAGACUGAAGUCUUAAAGCCACUCCAACUCUUCAAUCGGUUGACACAUUCGAUACGCGACAGUUGCUCAAUUGUAUAAUUAAAUAUAAUGUUAGUGCACUUAA